AAGCUUAAAAUUGAAUGUUUAUUUACACAACUAUGAAACCAAAUUUAUAAUUGAUUUGGGUACAUAACUUGUGAGAUUGAGGUAAUACUGACGCUGAUCAUCUGGCGUUGUGCCAGCAGUGAUCACCGAAUGAGGAUGUUAAGAUGCCUCUCGAAAAUGGCGUUCGUGGGUAUGUGAUCAUUGUCAAAGCUUAGCGGUGUCCGAUAAUUAGUGUGCUUUGGACUACCAUCUUAAGAAUUACAUAAUCAAGGAAAGAUUGAUAGAAUUUAUUUCAUUUUAUAAAAUAUACUGUUUAAUGGUUGCAUUGUUUAUUCAUCUGUUUCAAUAAUUUCAACUAAUCAGUCAUUUUCAGCUAAUUGCACAUAUAUUGACAAUUAAUAAACCUAGGUAUGUGAGAAAACAAUCAAAAUGAGAUACCUGUGUGAGGUAAAGCACACUGGUGAUCUCCUGUAUCACUGGAUUACUAACAGUUAGUAUAUUUGAAAGAAAUGGCAGACUAUCAUUUGAUGAAUGAUGGAAUGUUUAGUGUGGGAGGAAGUGGAGACAUUAUGGAUGAAACUGCUAAUAUGGUAAAUGCGGGUGGCUAUGGCCAUGCUUCUGCUGUUAAUUCUGCUGGUCAGAGUAUGAUGCCACAAAAUAUGCAAAAUCCUUCCGGUCAGAAUCCUAAUAUGAUGAUGUCUGGUAUGGUGCCCAUGCAACAAGGGCAGGGUGGCACACAAAUGCCAGCUGGAGGCAUAGGUUCAUAUCAUCAAGGAGCAGUACAUAGCUAUCAACAAAAUGAAGUGCCUCAAAAACUUCACCAGUAUUCUGUUUAUGGUAGUCAGUUACAAGCUAGUAAUAUGGCUGGUCAGUAUGUUUCUGGUGGCCCUAGACUUCAUCAUCUUAGUGAUCCUCUUUCAUCAAUUCCUGAUCAACCACAACAAUCUUCUCCUAGAACUGUUGUACCCAACCAGAUGUAUCAAAAUCGGAGUAUGUCCACAGGUCAUUAUGGUCAACAAAUGCCUCAUAAUUCUGCCUCUGCAUCAAUGAAUCAGAGUUCCGCUCAAUACCCGGGUCAUUAUGGUUCAAUGCAGCAUCAUUCAAUGCAACAGCAUGCAGUGCAGCAAGUUAAUCAGACUCCUGAUAUGUGGCAAAAUUCUAUGGCACAUUCACAGAUGACACGUCCAUGUAUGCCUGCUUCUCAGAAUUAUCCACAACAUCAAAUGGUUCCUAACCAACAUGCUUCUGCUUCCUUAAAUCACAGCCCUAUGGGAAUGCAAAGUCAGCGAGCAUCUACACCAAAUCAAAGCCAGUAUUUAAGUAAUCAAGAUUAUCCAACUCCGCAUGCGGCAAAUCAACCCAUGCAAAGACCACCUGUAUAUAAUAUGAAUUCUACUGUUUCUCAAAAUGGGUCGAUGGUUGGACAACUUAACACAGCUCCUCAAGCUGGUAUGUCACAAACAUUAAAUUCAUUGUCCCAAGCAGACCAGUCUAUUACAUUUUCUCAGGGACAUUACGGGGCCUCUCAAACUUCUAAUCGACCACACUACAAUGCUGUUGUUCAUCCACCUCAACAAGUUAUGGGACAACAGAUGAUGAAUGUUAGAUCAUCAGCUCAUCAGAUGGGUUAUUCACCUGUAACACCUAGAGUUAAUUCUGUUCAGCCGCAUGCUUCCUCUGUUCCACCUGGUAGCCCUGCUAGACUUCAACAAUAUCAUCCACCUUUUUCACCCAAUCAGGCCUAUUCAGCUACUCAGCCAUCUCCGAGACCAACAAAUCCAGAAUCGGCUACACCGCCACACUUACAUUAUUCUAAUUCUCAACAUGUCCAAGCACCCAUGAGUCCUCAAUAUCGAACUCCUUUUUCAUCUCAAGUGACGCACUCUCCGCAACAUUUAACACCUACUCCUCCUUCUGAUAUGUCAGUACCUCCUGCGUUAACACCAGAAAGAGUCCUUCAAUCAUCUACUCCUCAAUCUCAGGGAAGUUAUCAUAGCCCUAGUACAACCCAUUUGACUAGUCCAGGGCAGGGUCAUUCUCCAGGGAAUUCCAAUGCUCCGUCCAGUUUGCAGCAUUUGGAACAAAUGGUUUUGCCCAGAGUAAGCACUGGUCCUUCCACUACUCCAACUCCUUCUAGCUUAAGCCCAGGUGGCUCUAAUUCCAGUAUAAGUCAUAAUGCUAAUGUCGGUGGGAAUUUUUAUAGUCAUCUUUCAAAUACUCAUAAUUCACAACAACAGACUCCUCCACAACAGCAACAACAACAACCGCCGCCGCCACCACCACAACAACAGCAUCAUAUGCUUAUGUCAUCUGUUAGUGACACGCGUCCUCAACCACCAAGUCCUGCUUUCACUCAUGUUUCUCAGGCACAUUCUCACCACACCUACCUUAAUCAACCACAUUCUGUGGGACAAUUACCCUCCCCAACUGUGAGUAAUGUGCCAAAUUCAUCUCAACCCCUACCUCCUAGUACACCUACCAUCUCGAAUCUAACUAAUACUAACUUACUACCUGAUGAAAGUUUAGUCGUGGAAUCGAGCCAACCUAGCGCGCCAGUGUCCUUUGGCUCUGACAGUAGUUCUAGUAUGCCAAGUGCUAGCGUAGGGGAAUCUAAUGUUGUAUCCAGGAAUAUGACUGCUGGAUCUAUGUCUACCUCUGAUCAAAUGAUGCCAUUAUCUAGCUCAGCAAAUUCUGCAAACGAAAGUCUGUUACCUCCUUCCCAUCAGUAUAAUAUGCUCAACAAGGCACCUUAUCAAGGAAGUUCUCCUUCUCCUCUGACAUUUGAAGUGCAACAAAUUCAGCAGGAAUUGCAGUCACUUUAUGCAGUACCGCAAAAUCCAGAAAUUAUUGAAAAGAUUAAAGGUCUACAGGAGCGAUUAAGGUACUUACAAACACAGCAGAAUAAUUCCAAUCCACUAAGUUCUAAUGUUGCACCAAUGUCACCUCAUUUUCCCAUGUAUAACUCAGGAAGCACAACUCCUUUUAUGCCUAUGUUGCAACCUGUGCAGCAUUAUAAUCCUCAGGCUCAGCCAUCGCAAGAAGCUCCAAUGCAGCAAAACUUACCUCCAACUCUCCCACCAGAUACUUCUCUUUCUGAACAGGGACCUUGUGAUCCGGAAAACAUGAGACCCAAUUUUUCUCCAACAUCUUUGGACGGAAUACCUCCGAUGACUCUUCAGAAUAAAUCAGAUGUUCCAGCGGAUCCUUAUGAAAUGACUUUCAAUGACGAGCCUCCUCCAAAAAUGAAACGGCGAGUGCCAAAAGAACCUAAAGCGAAGAAACCUCCUAAAUCUCCCAAACCCCCAAAAUCUCCUAAAGUCAAGAAACCCAAAAAAGGGAAGAAGUCAGACCCGGUGGCAGUUCUCGAUCCACUGCAAGCAGCUCCAAGUGAUAAUCUUACUAAUCCAACUCAAGAAUCAACUGAAGGUUUACCUUCCACUAUUCCACCACAAGUUGUACCACUGCCUUUACCCGAUGCGGAAAAUAUCCCAGCUUUGGCUGAAACCAGUGAAACGAAACCUAAAAAGCCCAGAAAAAGAAAAACAAAAGAAAACGAUGGGGAGCCUAAAGAACCGAAACCCAAAAAACCCAGGAAAAAGCCGGAGAAAAAACCCAAGCAACCAAAAACUGCUGAAGGUAGUGAAGGUGUUCCAAAUGAUGGCAACAACAAUAGUCUUGAAAAUGCUGAGGGGGAUAAACCUCCAGCGGCUGAUGCACAGGGGUCUGAUAACGCCCCGAUUGACGAAGAGGCUAAAGAAAAUGUGGAUGCGGAAAAGGAAGUGAAAGAAAAAAAGCCUAAAUCAAAAUCACCCAAAUCAUCAAAAGAUGGCACACCUAAAGAGCCUAAAAAGUCUACCCCUAAAAAGAAAUUACCUAAAAUUGCUUUAAAAUUUACAAGUAAAAAGAAAAAGAAGAAACCUCUUACAGUAUCCGACAAUUCUGAUAUUGAAAAAACACCACCUCCUUCUCCUGUUGAGGAUAAUGGUGUAACAAAACGACGAUCUGCCCGAAACACCGAAAGGAAAAAGUACACAGAUGACAUUGAACUGCAUUUAUCGGAUGAUGAAACAAUAGAGAUGGAUUUUGGACAAAGACAAGAUGGCAAAUUGGUUCAAGUUGUUGUGGAUAAUCACAAUGAAGAUUAUAUGGUAGUUGAGAAGAUAUUAGCUGUUAGAACAGUGAAGAAACCGGUGGAAAAAGAUGGAAGUGAUGCUGAUGAAGUGGAAAAAGAUGAAACAGUUGAUGUUGAGGAGUAUUACGUGAAAUAUAAGAAUUUGUCAUAUAUCCAUUGUGACUGGAAAACCCUGGAAGAAUUGGAGAAAGGCGAUAGACGUUUUAUCCAAAAAGUAAAGAGGUUUAAGCAGAAAAAAGAAACUUUCAACUUUUUUGAUUUUUUGGAAGAGGAUCCCUUUAAUCCUGACUACAUAGAAGUUGACAGAGUUCUUGAUGUUAAUAUUAUUAAGGAAGUCAUAUCUGCUACGGGUGAGGUGACUCUUGCCCCUCCUUCACCAAAACCUAACAAACCCACAGAAGAAGAAUCUCCUGAAAAGGAGGCGACCGAAGUCAAAUCACCAUCAGAGCCAUCUGCAACAGAGGAAAUCAAAAGUGAAGAAAUUGAGAAAGAGCAGAAACCUGUCGACACUCCUGCCCAAGGGGAGGGCACACCCAUGGAGUCGGAUGCUGUAGAUUCUCAUCCACCUGCUGUGAUAGAACCAGAAUCAAAAGAACCGAAAGAAACUGAUGACAUUGUAAAUAUAGUUGUCGAAGAAAAGGAAGUGAAUCAAGAGAGUGAAGUUCCUAAUGAUGCUGAAAUCAAAGAAGAAGAAAUAGCCAAAGAGGAUGCUCCAUCUCAAACUGCUGAAGAAGAGAGCAAGCCACCAGAGGAAGAGAACAAGCCACCAGAAGAAGAGAACAAGUUACCAGAGGGAGAGAGCAAGCCACCAGAGGGAGAGUGCAAGCCACCAGAAGAAGAGAACAAGCCAUCAGAAGAAGAGAACAAGCUGCAAGAGGAAGGAAUUGAAGAGGACAAAGUGGAGUCUGAGAAGAAAGAAGAAUCAACUAUAAGGAUAACACGCCAUUAUUUGGUCAAGUGGAGGGCUUUGACUUACGAAGAAAGUACGUGGGAACUGGAAGAUGAUGUCGACCAAGACAAAAUCGAACUGUUCCUGAGGUUUAAAGAUCCCCCUCCUAAAGAUAAAUGGAAGACCAAAAAGCGUCCUCGUCCUGCUGAAUGGAAUCAACUUGAUGAUUCUCCUGUUUAUAAAGGUGGUAAUACCCUUAGAGAAUAUCAGUUAGAAGGUGUUAAUUGGCUUACUUUUUGUUGGUAUAAUAGUCAAAAUUGUAUAUUAGCUGAUGAGAUGGGAUUAGGGAAAACAAUACAGUCAAUAACAUUUCUGAAUGAAAUAGAUAAAUAUGGUAUUCCUGGGCCAUUUCUAGUAAUUGCUCCUCUUUCCACCAUUGGUAAUUGGCAAAGAGAAUUUGAAACUUGGACAGACUUAAAUGCUAUUACCUACCAUGGAAGCUCACCUAGCCGUAAUAUGAUCUUAGAGUAUGAAAUGUAUUGGAAAAAUGAGGAGGGUGAGCGUAUUCAAGAUGUGUAUAAAUUUCAAGUAAUGAUCACAACAUUUGAAAUAAUACUAACUGAUUGCAUGGAGUUGAAAGCUAUUCCAUGGAGAUGUGUCAUAAUUGAUGAAGCUCAUCGAUUAAAAAACAGGAACUGCAAACUAUUAGAAGGCUUGAGGAUGUUAAACACUGAGCAUCGUGUGCUGUUGACUGGCACUCCUCUUCAGAACAAUGUCGAGGAACUUUUCAGUCUUUUAAACUUUUUGGAGCCCAAUCGUUUUGCCUCAACUGAAGCUUUCUUAGAAGAAUUUGGUAACCUUAAGACGGAAUCACAAGUUGACAAGCUUAAAGCACUUCUGAAGCCUAUGAUGUUGAGAAGAUUGAAAGAAGAUGUUGAAAAAUCUUUAGCACCCAAAGAAGAAACAGUAGUAGAAGUUGAGCUUACUAAUAUCCAGAAAAAGUACUACCGUGCCAUUUUGGAGAGAAAUUUUACGUUCCUUACAAAAGGCAAUUGUUAUUCUAACAUUCCUAAUUUGAUGAACACCAUGAUGGAAUUGCGAAAGUGCUGUAUUCACCCCUUUUUAAUAAAUGGUGCGGAAGAGCAAAUUAUCAAUGACUACAAAACACAGCAUGAAGAAAGUUUAGAAGGUCAUUUAAAUGCUAUGAUUCAAGCAUCAGGAAAACUUGUACUUAUGGAUAAAUUGUUACCUCGAUUACGCACGGAUGGCCAUCGAGUUUUAGUUUUCUCUCAGAUGGUGAGGUGCUUAGAUAUUCUUGAAGACUAUCUUGUUCAAAAGAGGUAUCCAUAUGAAAGGCUGGAUGGCAGAGUCAGAGGCAAUUUGCGACAAGCAGCUAUUGAUCGCUUUUGCAAACCAGAUUCUGAUAGAUUUGUGUUCCUUUUGUGUACCCGUGCUGGUGGCCUAGGAAUUAAUUUGACUGCUGCAGACACAGUCAUCAUCUUCGACUCAGAUUGGAAUCCUCAAAAUGACUUGCAGGCUCAAGCUCGUUGUCACAGAAUCGGCCAAUCGAAAGCAGUCAAAGUGUACAGAUUGAUCUGUAGGAACACAUAUGAACGAGAGAUGUUCGAUAAAGCAAGUUUAAAGCUUGGCUUAGAUAAAGCUGUCUUACAGUCCAUGUCUGUGUCUAAGGAAAAUGUUGGCAUGAACCAACAGAUGUCCAAAAAAGAGAUAGAGGAUUUGUUGCGUAAAGGAGCCUAUGGUGCUCUGAUGGAAGAUGACAAUGCGGGUGAUAAAUUUUGUGAAGAGGACAUAGAUCAGAUUCUUCAAAGACGCACUCAAGUCAUCACCCUGGAGAGCGGUACAAAAGGGUCGACAUUUUCCAAAGCCACGUUUGCUUCCGCCAGCACCAGGUCAGACAUUGAAAUUGAUGACCCGAAUUUCUGGGAAAAGUGGGCCAAAAAAGCAAAUCUCGAUGUGGAUGAAUUGAAAAACAGAAAUGAGCUUAUUAUUCAAGAACCUCGACGUCGUACUCAGACCAGGAGGUUUGGCACAGACGAUCUGAUCGAUUUGUCGGAAUUAGAAUCUAGUGAUGAGGAUGAUGAAAAUAUCUCUUCUCGAACGCGUGCAUCUCGUAAAGGUUCCAAAAAUCAGAAGAGAGGCAGGGGAAGAGACAGGGAUGACGACUUCAUGGAUGAUAUUCCUCCUGGUAAUUGGACGAGAGCUGAAUGUUACAAAAUGGAAAAAGGAUUACUUACUUUCGGAUGGGGACGAUGGGAUGAAUGUAUGGCCAUUGGGCAGUUCAGGAGGCGGAUGUCUCAUAAAGAUUGCGAAGAAAUAUCAAGAACAAUAUUGCUUUACUGCCUACUUCAUUACAAAGGAGAUGAAAAAAUAAAAAGUUUCAUUUGGGAUUUGAUUGCCCCCAAUUAUGAUGGAGAAGAAAGAAUUCAUAAGAAUCAUUCUGAAUCUGAAACAACUGUUGAGCAAGAUUUGAUUUUUGAUGGAUUCUCUCACGACGAUUCUGAUUUUGGUAGUUGUGGUCUGUCCGCCCCAGUACCAAGAGGUCGUAAGGGUAAAAAAAUAAAGAAAGAAACCAAAACAGUGGAUCAGAUCAUAGAAGAAUGUGAAUGGACUAAAGAGGAGGUCAAUAAUCCAGAUUCUCUCUUAAAUGAUGAGAUUUACAAGAGGCACUUAAACAGGCACUCUAAUAAGGUUCUUCUACGUGUACGUUUAUUAUAUUACCUUAAGCAUGAAAUUAUAGGGGACCUGCACGACCAAAUUCUUUCUGGACGAAAUGCUAAUGAUAUACCCCUGUAUGUGCCACCAGCUGAUGGUGAGCCUCCAACUCCAUGGUGGGAUGUGGAACUUGAUAAAAGCUUACUCAUUGGAAUUUACAAGCAUGGAUUUGAGAGGUACAAUAUAAUGAGGCAAGAUCCUAUGCUUUGUUUUUUGUUAAGAUGUGGUCCCCCAGAUGGAGCUGCCUUAUUAGCUGAACUCAAUCCCAUUGCCAAUGAAGAUGACAUUGAAGAUUCUAGUAUUCAUAAGGAUAAGGAUGAAGACAUGGAUCCCCUUUCUCCUAGCAAUGAGCAUGAUGCUCCAAGGCAGCAGCAUAUUCCUAACCAUUAUCACCUACCUCAUGGCUUUGAAAUGGGAGUUAUUCAUUUCCCCUCUGUGACUGAUGUUAAUACUAGAGUUCGAAGAUUAGUGACUGCUUUCCAGAGGAACAAUAAGAAACUGGAAAUUAGGAAUGCUCAAAAAGCCAGAAAAAUUGAAAGACGAGAAAAGUUUGAAGCAGCAAUCAGAGAAAGGGAAAUGAAAAAGCGAGAAUUGCAACAGCGAUAUGUUAUGAAUUUUCCCUAUAGUAAAUGGUCUAGAAGGGAAGAAGCAGACUUUUAUCGCACCAUUUCUUCAUUUGGUGUUGAGUACAACGAGGAAAAGAAGGAAUAUAAUUGGUCGCGCUUCCGUGGCAUCGCACGAUUAGAAAGGAAGUAUGAUGAAACCCUGGCUGAAUAUUACAAGUGCUUUUAUGCUAUGUGUAAAAGGGUUUGUGGCAGAGAGUUGACAGAUGAGGAAGAGCAACUUUCUAUGAAUGUUGAGCCUAUAUCUGAAGAGAGAGCGAGUCGCUGUCUGCAGAGAGUGGAAUUAUUAAAUAAGAUCAGGGAAGAAAUCCUAUGUCACCCUGAUUUAGAUGAAAGGUUAAAACUGUGUCAACCAUCCAUGGAUUUACCUGAUUGGUGGGUGUGUGGAAAACAUGAUAAAGAUCUGUUAAUAGGUGCUGCAAAGCAUGGUUUGAGCAGAAUGGAUUAUCAUCUGUUGCAUGAUCCUAACCUCUCUUUUAAAGAUGUUUUAAAGAACAUACCUAAUGCCAAAGCUUUACAGAUUGGUAACAUGUUAUCUACUCCUCUUGGUUGUCCUAGUCCUCUAAAUAUCUAUCAUACAGACGAUAGUAUUUUAUUAAAAGAUGAAAGUGCCAACAAGCUGAAAGAAGAGCUUCCUUCUUUAGUAGAUGAUACUGCAUCUAAAGAAACUCCAGACAUAUCAUCCACAAAGCAAGAGGUUGGUGAGAGCUCUCCAAACUCUUCUGCUUCAAAUGGAAACCAAAAAGACGCACUAUCGAGUGAUCCCGUAAUUGUCAAAUCUGAAGAUCCCGACAAGGAAAUAAAACGAGAGAACGAUGAAGUCAAAACGGAUGAGCCAUUAAGCGAUAAAGCUCCAGAGGUGAAAAAAGAGGAAGAAAAUAAAACUCUGGAUGCUGAGGUAAAGACAGAAGAAGUUACACCGACCGUGGUGGAAAAGAAGGAAUCCGAUUCCACGGCGGAGAGCAAGGACGAAACGGACACAUCCAAGAUGGAGGAGGACGAUCCACUCGAGAGAAGCAACGAAUUGAAAAUUGAUGAGGAUGUGAAAAUGGAGGAUGAAGAAACGGACAUAGAAUCGGAUGUUCGCAAGGAAGAGGACGCUGAAAAGAAUAAGGAUGCUUCUGUUGUGGAUCCAGCGAUGGUUGUGGAGGAGGAAAAAGAUGAACAUAAGUAUGACUGUGAUACUGACACUGAAACUAAGUCUAACUGUGAUGCUGUGCAAUCCAUGGAAGUGGAAGAAUCUCCCCUCCUCAAAAUGGAGAAAGCCAUAAACUCUGAAAAAAGCAACUUGUCAGAAAAAUUUAUGAAAGUGAAGCAGGAAGAACUGAUGUAUGAAGAGGGAAUGCGUGAUAGAUUUAACAUCCAACCCAAAGAUGAUCUCCACUCACAUGAUUCUCAAAUGAUUGCAAUUUUGCAGGGAUGCAUGUCGCAAAACGACGAUGUUAUGAGCCAAGCAAGCUUCAAUCUCGAAACAGAAAUGGGUGAACCUACUGUAGCUCAACUUCUGGCUUUUACGAAUGGCAAUGCAGUUCGAUGGCCAAAAGAUAAAGUUUUGCAAAUUCGACUAGAGCAUAUCGUGCAUGCUGUGGAGAAAAAUGAAUGGCCAAUAAUCAGGCAUACGUUUCUGCCGACAUUUCCACCCGUUCCUCAGUCUUCUACGCCCAUACCCCAUCCACCCAUUUCUGCCAGCCCAGUGUCUCAUCGUACCUCUCCUGUCCCUAGUGUUUCAAGUCAAGGACAGAGUGGUGAAGUCACUCCUCAAGCAACACCCGAGCACACACCUCAGCGAGAAGUCAUGCUUCCGGACAUACCAACACCUACUCCCCCAGACUUUAGUGUCCUGCGCAAAAGUCCUCUUCACAUUCCUCCACCACCUGCUGCUGAAACUUCUCGUCACAGACGUAGGAGAAGACGCAGACGAUUUGAAAUUGAAGCUGAAAGAGCUAAACUCCGUCAGCUUCUAUCUCAUAACAUGCAACAACAGCAACAGCACCAUCAGCAGCAACUUCAACAUGUUCAACAGUUUUUGGCAUCUUCACCUUUAAGGAGUAAAAUCUGGGACGAUCAUGUCGAGAGCAAAGUACCGAAUGUGCCUUCUCCUUCGUCGGCUGUCCCCACAGUCUCUCCCACAAUACCCCCUCCUGCACAUCAAAAUUCUGCUCCCCGACUUUCGACGACAAUUGGGACUUUAGAUCUUUCUGUGAAACCUAACAUUACACCACCUACCCCUUUUACUCCUUUACCAGUACCACAGAAAGCCAAAGUAACUCCUCCUGUGGAAUCACCAUCUAAUGUCGGUGGGUCUCCCACUUCUCCAAUAGACUUAAGUGCUUCCUCCAGCGGCACAAGUGGCGUCAGCCAGGGAAACCCAAGUGCACACCCAUCUAAAGGACGACCCAAGGAGAAGAGGGGUGCCAAAGGUGGCAGUAGAAUAGAUGCCUUGGCAUUAAAUCUCCAAGCACGCAAGCAACAGCAGUUGAUGCAAGAGCAACACCAUCCAUUGGCUGAUAUUGGCUCUAUGGUUGAAAGGACAGUUGAUAAGAACAAAGACUAUGGUGAAAUGGAAGAAUCUCGUUCUACCUCCUCCAGGCAUCAUCAUUCUGAAAGAAGAACUGUCGAAGAGGAAGAAAUUAAACUUAGGAAAAAGAGGUUGCAGUACAGUGAAGAAUCAGUGAGAAAAGCUUUAAAUCGAGGAUUUGAUAUGCAGCCUGUACCUGCUCACUCUUCAUUUAUGAAUCCAUCAUCAUUAUCGGGAAGAAUGAGUCUAGGUUCAAGCUCCAAAUCUGAAGAACAUUCUGGUGGCAAUAACCCAUUAUUGGAUCCGUCUUCAUUGAUGCACCAUGAUUUUAAGAAAUGGAUUGAUGAACAUCCAGAAUUGGUGACAGCUAAUCCUAAUUUGGUAGCGGCUGCAGCGGCGGCAAUGGCUUCAUUCAGUCCAGUGUCAUCUUUCCCCUCUCAUACUGAAUUGUUGGAAUUACCCGAAGGUAGGAGAAGGGGAAGGAGACCACGAUUGGAUCCUACCAAACUGGAUUACGAUAAGGUCACGGGGGAGGAGAAUGUUUCAGUUAUCAACAGGCUUACUGGAAAAAAGAUAACUGGAAGCAAAGCUCCUCCUUUGAAGUACCUUGCUGAAUGGUUGGACAAAAAUCCUAUGUUCGACGUUGAUCCGAAAUGGGGACCUUUAGUCCGCGAAAAGGGUAACCUUCCCAACAACAUGUCUAAACGCAUAGUCACGCCUUCAGAGAAAAGAGGCCGCAGAACAGCCGCUUCUCUCCUGGCUAGUGCACAUCAAAAUGUUGUACCUCCCGUCACUACCAUGUCUUUCCCGUCGACUGGUUUGAAUCCUUUGAAUUUUGCCAAUACUGGAAUGUUGAGUGGUUUUCCUAACAUGAAGUUUUUUAUGGAUCCUCCUAAAUCCAAUGUGUCAUCCACUACCACUACGCCCUCCACUUCUAGUACUACCACAAAUCCAAUAUUUUUGCCUUUUGGUGGUCUGGCCGGCAUGGGGCUGACAAAUCCCCUUUUUGGUUUCCCAGGAUUUAACUUUCCUGGGCUUCAAGGAUCGUCUGGUUUGGCGGGAACUCCCUCAUCUAAAGAACAUAGCAAAGAUACUGACAAAUCUCGAAGUGAAAAAGACACUUCUCGUAAAAACGCCUCAUCUAGUGCUACCUCUGUUAACAUGAGUGCUAACGCUAAUCUGCCGCAGUCCUCUUUACCGUUCUUGUAUCCUCCCGGUCUCCUGUAUAAUCCUCUCGGCUUGGGAGGUUUCACGCUUCCUCCCAAUCUUCCAGCAUCAUUUGGCUCGUUCACCCAGAGUGGUUUGGUGAAUGGUCUGGGGUUGAGCAAUCCUUUGUUCACCACGAGUUCGCUCAGUACGAGUCUCAGCUCAUCCACGGCCACCGUCACCACUCCUGCGACUCACGGUAUUUUAUCAUCCACACCGUCAUUAACGAAGGCUCACACGUCCCCCGGUAGCAAGGUGCCACCUCCGAACCACUUCACGGACGGGCAGGAGACCGACGACGAGAGCCUCAAGUCUCUGAUGGGUAAUCACGAAGACGACUACGACGACCUGGACGACGGCAAGAUGGAAAGUUUUGACAAUCCGGACAGCGACAAGGAAGGGUUUAGAGACAGGCAGCAGUCGAGUCCUGUCAAUAGUGUACCUCUUAAAGACUCUGAAAAUGUAAAUUUAGCAAAAACUAAUUGUGAAAAUUCUAGUUUAGAAUUAUUAAGCAAAUCUAGAGGAAUGCACGACGACCCUACCUCAGAUAGUACAGACACUGAAAGCAAACAUUCUUAGUGAUGAGCAAAUAAAAGAAGAAGAAAAAAACUGUUUGUGACUGUGAUGCAGCUGUAUAUUUAUUAUUAUUUCACAUUUUUCCUUCCAUUUGUGAUUAUGAUUGUGGUUUCAAGAAUGAAAGGGAGAUAAAAAAAAAAUAUAAAUGUUGAGCAGUUUUAUGACGCAGCCCCUGUAUAAAAGCAAAUUUAUUUAUUUAAAUCAUAAUUCCCAUUUUUUUUUUUUAAUUUUAGUAAGUGUGGUGUUAUUUUAAGUUCAUAUUUUUACUAUCAUUUGUGAUGUGUUUUUAGUGAUGUCCAUUUAAUGGUAAUCACAUUUUAUUCUGAAUCUGGAGUACAAUCGCUAAAUAAAAAUUUUACUUUAUACUUCAGUGAUUAAACAUUUUUAAAAUCGUACCAAAUUUAUUAAUUUUCUUUUAUCUUAAAGGUAAGAAAAUAUGUUUUCAAAUUUUAUUUAUAAGCUUCCAAAAUUCAACUUUAAAAAAAAAUAAAUCAUAAAAGGGUUAAAAAACUAUUCUCAUUUGCAUUGGUAUUAAUUCACUCAUAUGUCGUCUACUUUCAUACAUUUUUGAUAUGUUGCUGCUUUUUGUAGACCUCAACAUUCCUACAUGAAUAUGGUGUUCGCGUGUACUUAAAGAGAAAAAAACAACAAACAAACUAGAGGUUGCUAGUGUAAUAUUUAUGGCUGGUAUAUUAGUAAAUUAUGAAGAGCAGUAAUGUUUACUGUUGUGCAGUUUUAGUAAUGCAAGCCUUUUGUAAAUAACCAACUAUUUUCAAACGGGCAGCUUAUUUAUUUUGUUACAGGAAAGGAUGUAGACCCAGAAUUACAUUAUCAUCUCAAAUGCAUUGGUUAAUAUAAGAUAUUUAAUGAAAAGAAGGAAAUAAUUACUCAGGCAAAUACUGUUUCCGGCCGCGACAGUCAAAGUCUGUAGAUAAAUUAGGUCUGUCUCAUGCUGUAGUCCUUAAAGAGCGUAAAGGGAAAAAAAAUUGUAUAGCCAUCAUCUGUUGUGUUUUAGCUGUUAAAUAAGUUAAAAAUUGGGAUUACACAUAAUUGUAUCAUCUGUAUCUAGCUAUUUUAAAGCGGGAAUUUUUACCUUUUUUUGGUUCGAUACUUUUGCUUAACGUACUAUUUUGUAUCUUUUUCCUGGUAAAGAAUUGCUGUUAUGAUCCUGCUGUUUUGUAUUCUGUGAAUAACUUGUAAUAUAUAUUUUGCUAUAUCUGUCGUUUGUGUAAAUUGUAACCUUCAGCAAUUAAAAAUCAUUGGUAUUUGUUUCAAUCAAAAAAACAAAACAAAUGUUGAUAUUUAUUUUACUUAUGUAACAUAUUUCAGCCAAAAAUAUUGCUGUUAUGAAACCUAGAUCAAAUUUUCAAAUCUAUUCUAGACAUUUCGCAAAAUGUGAAAUGUUAGAAUAUAUUGAAUCAUAUGGUCUCUUCAAUUUUGUAACAUGUCCAGGAUCUCCAGAAUUGUGCAUUUAAAAUAUAAGUUGCAUUACUAUUUAAGUACAAUUGCAUAAAGUAAAGAAAAGGCAUAAGUUUUUAAAAAUUAUGAUGAAAUUAAUCUUAAUUGCGUUUAAGAGCAUGAAUCAAAUUUUGGAGAUAGCUGGCCUCAUUUGUACAGACCUGUAAUAUGAUUUGUUUUGAUGGUGAAAAAAAAAAUAAUUCUAGGCACAUCCCCAUCCUUUUUUUUUAUUUAUUAAAUGUCUUUCAUACCUGAGUAAUGUAAGUCACAAGUAAAAUAAAAAGGGGAAAAUAAAAAUAAUAAAAAUUUAUAGUAUCUUCCUCAGCAGUGCCUUGAUCACAUCUCAGGUGGUGGAACAAAAGAAAUGGUAGAGUAAAGAGAACUGCCACCAGCUGGACACAGAUACAAAUUUUUUAAAAAUUUUGUUGGGGAACACCUAAUCUAACAACUGCCGUCUCCAAAAAUACAGUAGUCAUAAAAAUCUUCUUCAUGAAUUUUGAUUAUUAAUAAAAUUUACUCCAAAAACUAAGCUACUCGAAAAUUAUUCUAUAUACGUGUGGCUACCUCUAAUUCAUAUGUUAGUGUUUCAGUUAUUUAAAUAUGUUUUUAGAUAAUUGUUUGAUAUCCAAAAUAUAAACCAAUUUGCAUGGAAUAUAACCAAAGAAAAUAAUUUUAAUAAUGAAAAAUGUUUAAUUUAUUUGCCAGUUGUUAUUUCUUAUUUUAAGCUUUGAUUGAAAUUUAAUUGUUUAAAAAUUGGGCUUGGAUUACUUUCAUCAUUGUAAGUAAUUUAUGUUUUAAUGCUAAUUGUUUUAUAAAAUUAACCAAAAAGAGAAACAUUCUUAACUCUGUGAAAUAUGUCCCCUAAAAGAGCAUAUUUUUCUGUUUACUUUCUUUUUAUAACUUACUAUACAAAUCUUGUAAAAUUUCUUGUGUUUUCUUUGAUAAUCGCAUAUUACUUUUGAAUGCUACUGUAUUUAUCUAUAUGUUAAAGAAUCUAAAAUUGUGACGAUUAGGAAAUCAUAGAUUUCUGUGUAUGCUUGUCUGAACCUUGUAAAUUUUUUUUUUUUUAGUAUAGCAUCACAGUUAAGUUUUUUUUAUAUGAUGAAAACAACAUGUUAGAAAAUUUUUAAAUUCAGUGGUGCCAACUAUGUUAAUUCUUUUAGUACUAAAAUACAAUAUAAAAAAAAAAAUAUUUAAGAGUACUAUAUGUAUUAGAGAUUCGCAUUUUAUUCACUUACCCAUUAUAUUGUCGCAUGGAUGCCGGCAACAGCGUUAUGACUGUAGAACAUGAACUAUAUGAUUAUAGAAUUACGAAACUCUUGUAUAAGCUGUAAAAAAUCCAAAUUUCAGAAAUUUAAAUAACUUAAAACAGUACGGGUAUGGAAAUUUAAUUCUUUUUAACUAAUUUUACUUCUAACAACAUAAGUAAAUAAAACUAGAAGAAGGGUAGAAUAUUGCUUUCAAAAUAUUUCACAGAAUAAUAUUUUUAAAAUGAAUUAAACUUUGUUGUUGAUUUCUUUGAACAAUAACAAAAAUGAAAUAUUUUUGAAAUUAUAUUUCACUUUAUUUUCUGCAGGUGUUCAUACAACUUUCAAUUUUGUGUGUGACUAUCGAUAAAUUUCAAACAUUAUUAGUGAAAAGGUUAAGGAAAUAGUUCAUUUCUUUCUAUUCCAGGAGUGAAACUGUCCAAGUUUUUGCAGAUUAUGAACUUGAAUAAAAUAAAAAAAUCAUUGUUAAAGCUUUUAAGGAAGAAUAUUUAUAAAUUAUCCAAAAUAGGGGAAUUUUAAUUAUAUGAUGUACAUGAAUGGCCGGAAGAUUAUAGAACUUGAAGCCAAAUUUGUCUAGCGACAGUUUUGAAAGAAGAAGAAAAACACAACUUCCAUAUUAGCAAUGAGAGAUUUUUGUUUAUUGGGCUGUUAUCUAUUGAAUAUUCUGGAAAAUUAUCUGGAACUAAACUAAAGAACAAUUUGUUGUAAAAAUGUCACCUUUGGAAUGGGGCUUAUGAUUCUUCUAUCAAGCUAAAGUAUCUGUGGGUGGCAUCUCUGACAUGGAAGAAUAAUUUGUUAAUAGUGCAAAAUUGUAGAAAUCUUAAUCUUACUUUGAAAAUUUUAACAUUAGUGUGCAACGGUGCCUCCAAUGAAAUUCACAAAAUUAUUUUUGAAAAUUACCAAAUUGUAUCUAAUGGCACAGUUAAGGAGGAAAUUUUUUAACUGACUAAUUCAUAUUAAAAUUUAGAUUUUAAAACUACUUCAUAUCUCCAAAUGAGUGCUCAUAUUCUUUAAUGAAGUAUCACUCUUUGACUAGUUAAUUAUUGAGAUAUUUUUAACACUUAAUGUGUUGGACUAAUGUGGUAACUUACUCAAUCAUUUUAAGAAGUUCAUUAAAUGAAAUACUUCCUUUUAAAUAUUAUUUCUCAGUUACUUAUAUUCUCGCAAGAAAUAUUCUUAUACCUCUUUAUUAGUUGGCAUCUAUUUUCAUUGAAUAAGCUUACAUGUCAAUUUUUUAUUAAAAAUGUAAACUAAGAAUUUUAUCAUACAAAAAUGUUAAAAUCUAUACUUUUGUGCAGUUGUAACAUAAUUCUAAGCCAAUUUAUUUUUAGAUUCUUUGGCAGAUGUGGCAGUAAUUUUUGAUUUUAACAAGUCACUGUAUGGCUAAACUGAGCGCUCUUAAUUUUGUGAAACAAAGAAACUUUAUUUUCCCCCUUGUGCUAUUCCUGUAAUAAUAAAAAACGAAAAUGGUUUUUCUCUCCCUGUUGUAUAAAGUUGUACAAGCAUAUAUCAUUGCAAUAAAUAAUCUGAGAAUGGCCACUUCAAUUAUAAAUCCAUUCUUCAGGUGUGUUGUGAGCGGGUAAAAAAAAAAAACAUUGUAGCAACUAUUCAGCAGUUGUACAUUUGCUACAUUAAAUCAUUGUAGAAAAUGGAA